GAUGGGAGAACAGCAGAGAGCAUCACAUUUGGAGUCUGGUCUCAACUAAGGAUGGCGAUCAUCUGCAUCUUCCUCCUGCUUUUCUUAAGCUUUGCUCUCCUAGGAGCCACAAACCCUAACUGUACCUAUAACUCCUGGGAUCUGUUCUCCUGUUCAUGGGUUGCCGAAAAUCAGUUUAUUGACAAACAUUGUUACCUAACUUCCAGGUCCAGGAAAGGCUUUGGCUCCUGUUCACUCCCCCCUGGAAGGAAUCCUCGAAUGUGUAAAAUGUUUCUAAGAGACGAAAAAAAUAGGCCAGAAACAUUAACUGUUGGCAGUAAAAUGGACACAACCGUGAGCUGUUACACAGAGGGUGCAGGAAACAAAAGCGUGCAGUCCAUAGAUUACUUCCCAUAUGAAAACCUGCGCCUGGAUCCCCCAAUGUCUUUGAAAAUCAUGGAACAUAAAGAAGGCAAAUGGAGCUUGUCGUGGAGAUGCCACCAUAGUUCUUAUAUCACAACCUUCAGGGAAUAUGAAGUUAACUACAAGUCAAGCUCCCAAAUGGUUGCUUUGACAAUACCAGUGAGACAAGAUGAACUCUCUGCUCCUCUUCAGGAUCUUGCUCCUGAUACAAUCUAUGAAGCCAAGGUGCGUGUAAGGUACAAAUUCAAUGGAGUGUGGAGUGAAUGGAGCCAGCCUUACCGAUGGAAGACUCAUUCCAGAGAAACAACUGGCUCCAGCUCCCCUAUCCUGGAGGUGGUUAUAGGCAUCAUUGUUUUAGUCAUCCUUUGUUUCAUUAUAACCAUCAUUUACAAACAAGACAGGGUGAAGAAAAUACUUUGGGUUGGCGUUCCUGAUCCAUCGCGAUUCUUUGACCCAUUAAUGUCUAAGUAUGGGGGGAAUUUUCAGAAAUGGAUAUCAUCACCAUUUUCUCUCUCUUCAUUUUCUAUGGAUGAUCUUCCCUUGGAUAUCUCCCCAGUUGACUUUAAGUGUAAACAAGAGGAGCCUUCCAUACCCAUUCUUCCUACUUCUCCACAAGAAACUAAUACAGACUGCAGUGAGAAUUCAUUUUCCAGCUUUAACAACAAAGAGUACUUCUUUUUCCAAUACCCAGCCAUAAACGAAGGGGGAUCUUCCAAUUCUUACUUUACCUAUGAUAACUUGGAACAGAGAGGCUUCCCAGCAAUGCUACAGGGUAUACCUUUUCCCUCCCCAACUGGUCUUGAUGAGACUCCCCUCUUCCAAGGAGAUAGUCUAAGUCUUCCACUAUCUACCGGCCUAAGUUUUCACAACAGGUCAUUUGAAGAAGACAUUUUACCUUCCGUUCUACAGACUUUUCCACAGCAAGGUGUAAGGGAAGAGAAGCAAAACCUAGAACCCCAUGAGUCUCUGUCUAAUCAAGUUACAGAAAUACCUAAAGACAAGCAAGUGAUGAAUGUGUGUGAAGAUAAGAAGGAAUCAUUUGAUGGAGGAAACAUAUGUUCAGAAAUAAAUCCACAUUCUGCCACAAACUCACAGAACAAAGAUGCAGCAGCAGGGUAUCUUUCUCUGAAAGAAAUCUAUAACCGAUGGGCCUAAAUGGACUGAGAUGAUUCAAGGAUAAGCAACACCAGCAAAGAGGGUUUUCUCAGAAUAGGCUAACGUUUAAGGUGCCUGGAUGUAGGUAGGCUGAAAUACCUGACUUGCAGAUUGAUCUUGACUAGUUGCAGGAUAUAGGACAGUAUUGUACCUAUAAACCUAUAAAAUAUAGUGUAGAUAGUGGGCAGUUAUUCAGUUUGUAGCCUAUGCUACUGGACUAUAAUUAUUAUUAAAAGACAAAGUGAGACAUUUUUAAUAGAAAAUAAGUAUUACAGUGUAAAACAAAAAUAGCUUGACAUCAUAUCAUACUAAUGAGUUACUGUAAUUAGUGGGACCUAGGUACAGCCUAUAGGCACUUACCUCUGCAACAACCGCAGACUCACGUCUUGUUCAUAUGAAUGUGCAGCUGCAACGAUGCCUCUUUCUAACUGAACUUUCUCAGAAGAGAUGGACUUCCUAAUCACACAGCAUUGUGAUGCUUCUUGGGACACACCAGAGGCCACCUAUGGAAGAAAAUAACUUUACAAGGCAUUAAACUUUCAUUUUUGGAAA